AUGGCCAUAGAAGGAAAGAUCUUAGCAUCAAAAUUAGCAGGUACAACAAAGGAAACUAGUGAGCAAAAGAAAUUAAAACAUGUUCAAAAUUCAGAAAAGGAAGGUAUUGAAACUCAAGGAAUUGGCAAUCGCUUUAGGAAACAUUCGGAUCAGUCAAAACCACAUAGAGGGGCACAACAACAAGGAAUAUGGAAACCACAUCAGUCACUGAAGGAAACAUUGCGUUGGGAGAGUGGAAAGUCCGAUAAAUAUUAUGAAGAUGUUGACAUAGAGAUUGUAGGGAAUGCUUUAAAAAAAAUCCCAAAGUUUUGGAAAGAGAUGCAUCAACAAACUCACUUUCUGGUGAGCGGCUUUUUCAACUAA